UUUGCAUCCCGAUUUCCAUCUCCAGCUGGAAAACACAGCGAAGGAAAAGAGUCAUCAUUCGAUUUCCAUUACCGUAUAAAGUGGGCGGACCCGAAAAUGCGGACGAAAAGCUUCGAUGCGAGGCCGGCGCCUGCAUUUGGCUUCAGCAAAACUGUCCAUCAAUCCCGAUCCCUCGCCUUCAUGGAUUCGCACUCUCGACAGGUUAGAGGGUAAGAAUUUACCGCUAUCGAGCAUUUUCCUCUCCUUCCCUGGUUGGCACACCAUCUCCACCGCCGGCUACUUGCGUGGCUGCGAUUCCCCGUCCCUUCGAGAUACAUUCAUCAUCGAGGACUAUGCUUCGAAUCCUUGGGCUCCGGCUAUCUACUGAUCGAUAUAUUGAAAAAACGCAGGGUCAAAUGCUAUUACAUACAUGGAACGAGAGGCAUCAAGAGAGGGACUUUCGCAAGAACCUCUUUCAGGGUUUGUCCCGGAUCUUGUUGAACAUUGCACGAGUGCCACUUCCGCGCAUUGGCUCCUUCACCGUGAACGAUGAUGGAUCCUUACUCCUGGCUAACAGGCCACUUUCGGUGGUGGUUCAACAGCUAGAGAAUGAGCAAAUCCCGGUGGAUAUUCCUCGUCAUCUAACCUACACCUCAGUGGACUCGUAUGUGAUUGAUAUACUCAAUUGUCUACACGACAGUCGGUUACGCCAUCAACCAAACGGUGCCAGCGACAAGAGUGACUGCAUCUACCAGAUGUCGGCUUUAGCCGCCAUGAAAGCUGUUUCGUCGCUCUUUCUACGACGCGACCUCUGCCAUGGGCCCUUUCUUUUCAAUCUGACCGAUCUACAUCAGAGUAAUAUUUUUGUUGAUGAAAUCUGGAAUAUUACAUGCCUGAUUGACCUUGAAUGGGCUCUCUCCAGUCCCAUUGAGAUGAUCUACCCUCCCCGUUGGCUAGCCAAUCAGGAUAUCAACCAAAUGGACGAGGAGAUAUACGACCCGGUUCGUCAAGAGUUCAUGGAUAUUUUGGAGCACACCGAGCAGGAGCUCUCCAUCCAGCCUCAUCAGAGACUUUCGCCUGUCACGAAACAAGCGUGGGAAAUGGGGAUGUUCUGGUAUACUCUGGCUCGUCGUAGCCCAAUGGGGCUUGUUCGGGUCUUCUAUGAUCACAUCCAGCCGAUACUCGCCAGUUGGCACGAAGAAAACAGCGAAUUCUACACGAUCAUGCUGGAGUAUUGGACUAUCAACUCGAUUCCAUUCAUUGAUCAGAACCUGGCAGAUAAGGAGGACUAUGAUAGGCAGCUCCGUCAAGCGUUUGAGGAUAAAGCUGAUGAGACUUUGGAAGACGCCCCUUGAAAACCUUUCACUUUCGUGUUUGCCCUUGCGGAUGAUCUUGAUCAUGACCGGUUCCCUCUUUCCUUGCCCCUUAUCCGACUUUCCGAGCCGCCUCGUCGAGGGAAGUGACCUCGCCAGAUCCUCAAAUCGGUACAUCAAGCGCAUCACAUAUGGAAACACAUUAUUCAACGUCGGAAUCUCGACAUGGGCACUUUCCAUCUCCAUCUUUGGAACCGAGCAUGACCUGAGCCUCGCCGCUUCAACCUGAACAAGUUCGGCACGUGACUGAUCACGGUGUUCAAUCAGUAUGGGGACGUGCAGGACACGCAAACAGCGGGAAUGGAUGGCAGAAACGGACAAGAUUUGAGCACCGGUCCAGAUGGACACAUGACUUGCCUUGACUCACUGGCCUGAAUUCGUAUAUACACUCUGUUCGUGUAUCGAAGUUCCAACUGAGCUUGCACAGAAAUCACUGCGGCGUAAGGUCAAAGCAACGUUGCUGAAGAUCGAACAAUUUACACCGCAGGAAAGAGUUGUGGAAUAUGCCUAGGUUCGUAAUUUACUCCGCCCCGACGUUCCUAAUUUGUUAGGCUGCUCUUGCGUGAGCACCAGGUCUUUUUGCGGGUGAGCAGUCUGCUUGAGACUGAUCGGCAACACAGGUUUCCAAUGAUGCCGCGUAUGUACAAAAUCUUCCUUUACGGCAGAGCCUCUACACUUCCCAAGCGGUAUCGCUGGGGUUAUGCCAUGUCGACAUUGCCAGACUUUGGCCUUUGCUCGAAUCGAUCAGCAUCGUACUUUUGAUCGGUCUCUUCGUCGGCCAUCACGUUUCUGGUUCUCCUUGGCUCUCUUCUUCUCCGCUUCCACUUUCUGCGUGGAGAGUUGCACGUCCGAAUGCAAAACGCCUGCUCUCAUGCUGGUAUUCACAUAUUCAACUCUCUUCUCGCACGCCGAGACUCCGACUAUCCUGAUUCAGCCGGCUUCUUGAAAUUGGCCUCACCCACCCGUCUACACAUGACCACACUCUUGGCUACUUCACACUC